CUUGCUGGCAGGAAGUGUCUGCUCCUCUCUGUGCAAGCACCUUCUCUCCCCCUGCACCAUGGCUGUUUGGACUCGAGCCUCCAAGUCCGGGCUCCUGGACCUUCUUCUGCAGGACCACUGGGUACGAGUCCAGGCAGAGCUGACUGGAGAAAGCCUGACUCUGACUGCAGAGCCAGAACCCUGUGGAACUCUGAAUGGUCUUAGUAAUGGAACUGAACUGGCCCCAGGAAGCCCUCGACGUGGACAAGCAUCUCCUGUACACCCAGGGGCCAAUUCUCCCAAGGCAGGGUCAGACUGUGGUUCCGAAUCAGGUCUGGGCAGCCCAGGAGCACGUUUCCCAAUGGACAGUCCAGUUGUGGAUAUAGGAGGCGAGCCAGUGAGGAGAGUUCGAGUGGUGAAGCAGGAGUCUGGUGGGCUGGGGAUCAGUAUCAAGGGAGGACAAGAGAACCGAAUGCCUAUCCUCAUUUCAAAAAUAUUCCCUGGCCUGGCAGCAGAUCAGAGUCGGGCACUGAGGGUCGGAGAUGCCAUCCUAUCUGUGAAUGGGUCUGAUUUACGGAACGCAACACAUGAUCAAGCUGUACAAGUGCUCAAAAAAGCCGGCAAGGAGGUGACACUGGAGGUGCGAUUUCUUCAGGACGUGUCACCCUACAUUCGGAAAGCAUCGUUGAUCGGUGACCUGCCGUGGGACAGCCCCGAUGUCCGCAGUCCAGCACACAGUGACAACUCAGGGUCUCCCAAGCACAACUCCAGAGACUGCAAGGUCAUCCCCUUAAAAAUGUGCUACGCGGCACGAAAUCUGAGCAUGUGCGACCCCGAGGGACGGUUGGUGGAGAUGCGGUCUCCAGAUGGCUGCCACUCCAUUAUCCUUCGCUGCAGGGAUUCGGCUUCUGCCCUCUCCUGGUCGCAGGCUCUGCACAGUAACAUCACUGCACUGCUGCCACAAGUGCUAGCGGAGACACAGCGCAUGCUGGGGACAACGAGCGAGGACCUCAGGAACCUGGGCUGGGUUGCAGAACAGGUGUCCCAAGAUGAUGGGCGCUCUCUCUGGCAUCCAGUUCUCAUUGCCGUCUCGCAGAAGGACUUUUUGCUCUUUGAUUCAAUGCCAAGGACUCGAGAGGAAUGGGAGAGUCCCAGACACAGGCUGCCACUGAUCUACACCAGGUUGGUACAUUCUGGUCCUGGACACAGCUCGCCUUCCAUGGGGUCUCAUCUCUCAUUUGGCACUCGGACAGGCUCCACUCAGGGUAUAGAUAUACAUGUGUUCCGAGUGGAGACUCAGAGAGAUCUGUCAGCCUGGACGAGAGCUUUGGUGCAAGGAUGUCAUGCUUCAGCUGAGAUCACCAGAGAGGUGACCAUCGGCUGUAUUCUGCGAGGAGAAGAAGUCUCACUCUCUAUACACUAUGAUACUGGAUUUACAGUCCACCGUGGCGGGCCCUCAGGGCCAGUAAUGUACAGAUACCCCUUUGAGAAGCUCAGGAUGUCAGCAGACGAUGGGAACAGAAACCUUUAUCUGGAUUUUGGAGGACCAGAGGGAGAGCUGGCCCUGGAUUUGCACACAUGUCCGAAGCCUGUUGUGUUCCUGUUACACACAUUCCUUUCUGCUAAAGUCACCCGCAUGGGUCUGCUGGCCUGAGCGCCCUCCACGGGACACGAAAUUCUACUUGCACAGAGCAAUCAUCGCGUGCCUUCCAGUAAUGAAA